AUGUCGAACCAGACCAUCUUGAGAAUAUCGCGAGAGAUCACUCAGAUUCAACAAGGCAGUGACCUAUCCAUCGCGGUCGCUUGCCAGGAGAAAGAUGUCCGCCACGUCAAAGCCCUGAUCAUCGGCCCCCACGGCACUCCCUAUGAGUACGGCUUCUUCGAGUUCACUGUCAAUUUUGGGUCCGAAUAUCCCAGCAAGCCACCGAAAGUCGAGGCCAAAACCACAAAUGGCGGCCGCACGAGAUUCAACCCAAACAUCUACGCCACAGGGAAAGUCUGCUUGUCGAUCUUGGGCACAUGGCACGGAGAGAGACCGGGUGAAGAGUGGUCAUCUGCACAAGGAUUGGAGUCGAUAUUGUGGUCAAUUCAGAGCCUGAUGAGCAGCAAUCCCUACGAAAACGAGCCCGGGUAUGAGAAUGCCAAAGGUACAGAGGACAAGAGGCUGAAUGAUCUGUACUGUGCCAAGAUUCGCCACGAAACACUCCGAAUUGCAGUCAUCCAGAAGCUCGAGGAAGCAUUGGGCAUCCAGUCAGACGGCUCCCUGGCCACUCCGGCACCCACCACGUCCCAGUGGGGCUCUGAAGAUGACGAGCAGGACGAAUCUCAAGAAGACCCGCUUGAGAUGCAAUCCAAGCUCAAAUUCACACCCUUCAGGGAUCUAUUCAAGCGACGAUUUCUGUGGUACUUUGAACAUUACAUGUGCACUAUUGAAGAACAUAGCCCUAAAAAUAGAGACGGCUCCGACUUCUCCAAGAUGCCCUUUGAGGGCGGCGGGAACACCAUGGAGGGUAAAUUCCGAUACGGCGAGUUGGGCAAAAGACUGGUACGGAUCAAAGAGGUUCUUCGCGAUGAGACCAAUGGUUGGGCGGUUGAGGGGUCGGCCUUGAAGGAGCGGGAGUCGACCAAGGCGGCAGGGCUUCAACGGCAAUUCGUACAACUGCCAGACUACUUGAGGCGCAAGAAGUUGCACAAUGUCGAUGUCGAGCUCGAAAACGAUAACCCCUUUGUCUGGAUCAUGACAUACUUCGGCAAACCCAGCACGCAUCUGGAUGGUGGGAUCUUCAAACUCCGAAUCGCGGUGAGUCCUCGGUUCCCGGGCGAACAGCCUCGGGUCAAGAUGGAAACACCCAUCUAUCAUCACAGGGUGUCCAAGGACGGUGUGGUGUGCUAUUUUCCCAAGGAGGCAGAUCAGUUACGGAAUCACAUUGUCAGUAUCGUCGAGGCGUUGGAGGAGGAAAGUCCGCCAUAUGACCCGAGGACAAUUGUGCAUCCCGAGGCGACCAAAUUGCUUUGGGGUAGCGAAAGUGAUAAGAAGAAAUACUUUCGGCAGCUCAGGAGGUCGGCACAGAAGACCACAGAGGAGUGA